UACAUACAAGAUACAAUAUAAAGAUUUCAAUAUCAAUUCAACUACACAAAUCACUGUUAGAUUGUAUUGUAAUUUACAAAAUCCACAGCUCAUCAAUGGCAGUAAGACAACAUGCUGCUGAAAGGAAAGAAUCGCGCGGUCUUGUAGAGCAGUUUGAACCUUCCUCUGCUUGGACAGAGGAUUCAAAUUGCCACUAUUUGCUUCUUGAUCUUCCUGGUUUCAAGAAGGAAUGGUUGAGGCUUCACAUUGAUGACAAUGGUGAAAUAGUGGUCAAUGGGGAGAGGCACGGAAGCAACAACAAAAUUGUCCGCUUCGAGCAGACCUUUCAGGUGCCCAGAAGUUCAGACCUAGAAAAAGUCACUGGCAGAUUUGAAGGCGAGGUUCUGUAUGUCACGGUCCCAAAGAAAGCGAAAGAAGAAGAGCGAGAACAUGACAAGGGACUGACUGAUGAUAUUGAGGAAAGGCACGAGCAGGCGAAAAAGGAGGAAGAAGGUGAUGAGAGACCCACCAAUGAUGUCAAGAAAAAGCACGAGCAGGCGAAAAAGGAGGAAGGAGGUGAUGAGAGACCCCCCAAUGAUGUCAAGGAAAAGCACAAGCAGGCAAAAAAGGAGGAAGGAGGGCAUAAGGGAACUGCCAAUGGGGUUGAUGAAAAACAUGAACAUAGACGUCGUGAAAAUGACAAGAACACGGGAAUGGCUAGGGAAGGAGGUUCCAGGGAAGAAAACAGAGAGGCGUGGAGCAGCGAGGCGGGUCUGUUGGGAAGUGUAGUGGAGAUUGUAAGCAGGAACAAAGGGAUUUUAAUGACAGCUGUGUUGGCAUUUUCACUAGGGGUGUUGGUGUCUCAGAAAUUCCAAUCAAAUAUUGGAACUGAGGGAGGUUUUUCACAGUAUAAUCAUACAUUCUAGUCGGUAUUAGUGGUCGUGUUUCUGUAUAUAACAAAUAAUCAUGUAUGCUCACAGAACAACAAGAACUCCAAAUACUAAUCAAUGUCUACUUGUUCCUUAUCAUUUCCUUUCACAUUUAUUACUUGGACUAGUUGUCCUGCAAAAAUUUAAA